AUGGGUGCCAAGGAGUUGAUGUUCAUCAUAUUGAUUGUUAAUGUCUUCUGGCUCAGCUCCAGUUUAUCUGAGGAAGGGAAAGCGUUGAUGUUGUUCAAGAAUGGCCUUGACAAAGAAUCACACAAGUUGCUUUCUUCAUGGAACGAAUCUUCCCAGUUUCCCUGCAAAUGGACUGGAAUCACAUGUGAUAAGUUCCAAAAGGUGAGUGCUAUCGAUUUAGCUUCGUUAAAUCUGGAAGGCUCCCUGAAUUCGUCUGUUUCCUCUCUUCAUAGCCUGAAAAGAAUUGAUCUCAGUCACAACAGGCUGACUGGAAGCAUUCCACCUUCUUUCCUCAAUCUGAAAAAUCUUGAGGAACUUGUACUUGAGAAUAAUUAUCUGUCUGGUAGGAUUCCGCCUGAGCUCGGACAAAUGCGGAGCCUUAGGCUGCUGAGCUUGGGAGUCAAUAAUCUUCAAGGAGAAAUCCCGGCGGAGCUCAUAGGAAUGAAGGAACUGGCGUUCCUCAAUCUCACAGUGAAUUAUCUCAGUGGCGGCAUACCGGCACAAUUGGGGAAUCUUACAAAGCUACAGGUGCUUCGUCUGGGGCUAAAUAAUCUUACUGGACCAAUUCCAAUGGAGUUAGGUAGAUUACACAAGCUGCAAAUUCUGGAGCUUUUUGAGAACCCGUUGGGAGGCAGAAUUCCAGAAGGUAUAUUUGUGCUUCGUAAUUUGACUGUGCUCUAUCUUGAUAACAACCUUCUUUCAGGUAACAUUUCUCAAAGCUUGGGGAAGUACAGCGAUAUUUCAAGAGUAAGCUUCUCCAGCAACAGCCUGACCGGAAAUCUUCCUCCGCAGAUCUGUCAAAGGGGAAGACUGCAGCUGUUAAGCGUGAAUCGCAACAACUUUUCAGGUGGCAUACCGAUGAGUAUCAGGAAUUGCAAUAGCCUGCUUCGGCUUUGGCUGGAUCGAAAUCAGCUGGAAGGAAGCAUAACGAAUGCCUUGGGGGAAUAUCCGAGUUUGACAUACCUGGAUAUCAGUUUUAAUCACCUUCACGGUGAAAUUCCGCCUGUUUUAGGGCAGUGCCACAACCUUAUUGUACUCGUCAUGUCGGGGAAUAAUUUGACGGGGACAAUUCCUCUGGAAAUUACUGGCCUCAAAAAACUCGCAGUCCUCAAUAUUUCGAGCAAUCAUAUAAGAGGAAGUAUUCCGCCAGAGAUUGGCAAUAUAAGCACAUUGUUUCGGAUAAAUAUGAGCAACAAUGAGCUUACAGGGACAAUACCUGUGCAGAUUGGGAAGUUGACUGCGCUACGAACUUUAGCUUUGAGCAGAAAUAAUCUGUACGGUGAAAUUCCAUCAGAGAUCGGCCAUUUGCAAAGAUUGCGGGAGUUGCGUCUGGAUGGAAAUAAUUUUACCGGAAGCAUUCCGGCAAGGGUUGGUAAUCUGGUGAAUUUGCAAAGAAACCUUGAUCUUAGUUACAAUUCACUAUCUGGAACAAUUCCUGCUCAAUUAUCGAACUUGGAGUCGCUAAAGAUCCUGAAUCUGUCUCAUAACAAUCUCACAGGUCGAAUUCCGUCAAGUUUCCAGGAUUUGCGGAGCCUUGAUACGUUGGACCUGUCCUACAACCACCUGGAAGGUCCCCUUUGGAGAUGUGCAUGA